AUGACCUUACCUCGACAGGAAGCGUUCCAGCUGUUACGUCCAGCUUGCGUAGAUCUCAGCUCUGUCGCGCUGCGAUUCAAAGGGAAACAGGCUACCGUCAAGCAAAUCUACAAUGCGUUGGUCAACGUGCAAGAGAUCCUGCACCGAGAAGAUGUUCGGCGGGCACUGGACGAGAAGCUCGCCGAGUACACCUUCUUUCCCUUGACACAUGUCUUCAAUCAGGCGCAAGGUCUGUCUUCGAGUUGCAUCGAGUCAGCGAUUGCCUGCGUGAUCGUUCUCGUUUCGGCAGGAUGGAAAUCCAACAUUGCGCCAGAAAUGGCGAAGCAGCUUCUCAUUUUGAUGACUCUUCUGGCUGGUGGUCAAGCCAAGGCCAGUCCGGUAAGCGAUGAAGUCAAGUCUUUGGCUUUCGAAUGUAUGCAAACGAUAGUCGGCCAGCUCUCACAGAAGCAGAGGGGUCGCGAGCUUUUCAAUGAUGUUGGGUCAAAGAAUAUAGUCGAUCAGCUGGCGUACCUGUUGGUCGAAGCAAUCACAGAGAGUGUCUCGGACCAAGUACAACUCACCGCAGCGCAAGCUUUGAAGACGGUAGUGGCUGCUGUCUCAGAUCGUCUGAUGCUUGCCAGCCUUUUACCACGGACAGUCUCAUCGCUGACAAAGGCUUUGCGAGUAAGUACAAAAGCGCGCCGAACGAGGAAGGUAUUCGUGGCGUACCUGCAAUUGCUUGACCAGAUGUUGGCAUCAACGCUUGCCGACAGCGUCGUCUUUCCCCAACUCCGAUCGGAGAAGGAGUCAGAUGAGGAAGGCUUGGAUGAGGCAUGGCUCCGUGCCACCAGCGAACAGGUACAGAUAGCGCUCACGCAAGUCAUGCGGUUGCGCUCUCAUGAAGGCAUUGAGGUCAGAUCUGCCCUGGCCACGGUCUGCUUUACGAUAUUGCAAGACUGCCCACGGUCGCUUGCUGGUAGUCGAUCUUUGGCAUUAGAAACGCUGAUUACUGUAGCACAGCUCGAGCAGUCCUCCGCUGUCACGUCAAAGAUCAAGUAUUUGCUGGAUUCUCAACCCGAAACGAGCGAGAUGCUCCUCGCCAAAAUCGAUGCGUGGUGCUUUGCCCUUCCCACGACCCUACAAACGAGCGAAUCUCGCCCAAAAGAGCCACUUUUACGCCAGCUGCAUGGCGCAGUUGCAAUGGCAGCUCACUCAUCGCAGCUCUCGGACGAAGUUGUGACGCAACUGGCCGAUGGUCUGACGGACGGACUUGCCAACAUCUACGCCAUUGAGAGCACGAAGCACGAGGUUGAACAGCGAGAUGCUGGCACGUCGUUUGCGCUGCUUGACCUGGCAAGCAACACGCAUCCGGGAAAUUUCCCGCCCGUCCUGCUGAGCAAUACCAAUGACAGCGGCUUUGCCGCUGGCUUGAAUCGUCUGCUGGCAGAGAUGAGAGAAUUGGGAGUUUCCAACACUCUUGCACGGGCAGCCAUACGUCGACUUUCUUACGGAACUCAAGAGGAUCAGCUCGUGGCUGCGUGGAUGGCCCUGCGAUCACUUUCACAAGACCAUGACACAAAAGAUCUGGACGAUUUCAUCACAAUCACUGAUUCGAGCAGCAUAGCUCUUAGCCGACCACGACUAGUGUCAGAUCUCUACGCAGCGACUCUUCCCUGGCUAACAAGCGAGACAAACCAAAACGAGCAUGGAAUCUGGCAGAUGAUUGCCAUAGCAAUCGAGAGUGUAGUCCUUCAGGCAGAGAUGCUAGAUGUUGCUUAUCGCCCAGAGCUUCUCGACUCGCUAUAUCCCAUGCUGGCUCUCCUCGGCUCUCCGACCCCAUCACUCCGCGAGCACGCCAUCACAGGCCUCAAUCUGCUUGCCAAAGCCUGCAAUUAUCCAUCCACAGGCGAUAUGCUGAUCGAAAAUGCAGACUAUUUGGUCAAUUCCAUCGGCAUGAAACUCAACUCCUUCGACAUCACCCCACAAGUGCCACAAGUACUGCUCACGAUGGUCCGUCUCUGUGGCGCAAGCAUCAUACCGCAAGUGGACGACCUCAUUGGGAGCAUCUUCUCUGCAUUGGACAACUUUCACGGUCAUCCUGGCUUAGUCGAUUCUCUUUUCAACGUGCUCAGAGUGAUGGUAGAUGAGAGCAAAAAGCAACCGCAGUUGGCCAUAACCGAGCACAUGAGUGAGCCACGCCACGCAAGGCCCAGAGUCGUUCCCUCGACUCUGAAGGAUAUCUUGGACGAUCUCAAACUGUUGAGAGCUCGGAAGACGAAAGUCAAGCAGGAAAUUGAGUCGCUGAAUGUUCAUACUACACCACAUCGACCCUGGAAAGAAACGGUCACCAACAAACCUGCAGAGCACGACGACAAUGGAGCGAACGACCUUGAUGAUGAGGACAUUGACACUCCUGCGAGACCAGAAGAGCCCAAACAGCCACCACUCCCAAAGUCCUACACCCUACUCCUCCGUAUCGCCCAGUCAACAGCGCCACACCUGAGCUCUCCAUCGUCCAGCGUUCGCAGAACCCUUUUACAGCUGCUCGACGAGGUGGCUCCGCUCCUCUCGCAUCAUGAGAACUCUUUCCUCCCACUCAUCAAUUCCGUUUGGCCAGCAAUCGUGCCUAGAUUGCUUGCUUACUCUCCUACCGACGAAGGCGGCACGGAGACGGCCUACAAUGCUUGUGCAGCUGCAGACGCCAUUGCGAGCCUAUGUCGUGGAGCUGGGAGCUUCAUGUCUACUCGAAUUGAGGAGGUGGCGCCUUCGCUGCUCAAGCUGUUCACUUCGAUACGCGAUACGCGGCAUGGACGAUCAGACGGCAAAGGGGCUUCAGGUCGUGGAGCAGUCAGGACGAAAGAGAUUUCUGACAUCGAUAUGACCAUUGACGACACAAGACCUUCGCAAAUAACACCUAUCACGUCCAAGCAGCUCGAUACGCGGUCAGCUAGAGCACAGGUUCAAGCUGCUCUUGUCCGCCUCUUCAGCACGAUCUUGGACAAUGUUCAACUUACCAGUGAGACUGGAGACCAGAUCUUUGAGGUCCUCUUGCCCUUCGUCCGAGUCUCCACAGACGAUCACAGUGAUGCCGUCAAUGGCAAUAGCUCGCCUGACGUUACGCAGGUACUAGAGAGGUACAACGCUGAUGCGCUGUGGCUGCAUCUAGAGCAAACGAAACAGCAGAACAAGGCAGUUGUGAUGGAGGUAGCAGAAGUGGAAGGCGAGUAG